AUGUGCUGCUUGGGCUGGAUGUUUCUUUGGCUUGUUGCAGAAGAGAACAUUCAGGGACUUUCUAUUUCAGAGUGCGCCACCAAAACACUCCUUUGGAUGUAUUCGGCAAGCAGUGAAGAGGAGUUUGUCAUAUUUUGUGAUUUAACAGAGACAGAGAAAUCACACUUCCAUCAUAGAAGUCAAUGCUCAACGACCCAAGGCCCUCAACACCUGCCCUGCAGUGGCAGUAGGGACCUAUCUGAUGUGCAGUGGUACCUACAGCCACAGGAUGGAGAUUCUCUUGGCGAAAUCACUCCAAGCCAUCCUCGUAUCAUUCAAGACAAGAGCACUCUUCGUUUUUUAGCCCCAGUGAUGAAUAAUUCUGGGUUAUAUGUUUGUAGACCCAGGAUUAGGACCCCUUGGGAUGAGGCCUGUUGUGUGAAGACAAUCUUAAAAGUUAAACCUCAGACAAAUGUGUCCUGCAAGAACCAUGUCUCACAUAAGCAAAGCCUUCUUCUCGGUAGCACCGCCUAUAUUUAUUGCCCCAGUCUCAACUGCCAAAGUGAUAUGCAAAAUCCAGAGAUGACCUGGUACCAGAAUGGAAGACUCCUCUCUGACAAAAGGAGCAACCCCUUGAUGGUGGAUGAGAUUUAUGACUAUCACCAGGGCACGUAUGUGUGUGAUUACACUCAGUCGGAUAAUGAAGGCUCAUGGACAGUCAGAGCUGUUGUUCAAGUAAGAACCAUUGUGAAAAACACUAAUCUCAAACCAGAUAUUCUGGAACCCAUCAAGGACACCCUGGAAGCAGAACUUGGAAAACCUUUAAGUCUGCACUGCAAAGCACGAUUUGGCUUUGAAAGGGACUUUAACCCUGUGAUCAGGUGGUACGUCAAAGAGUCCAACAAGCUGUGGGAAGUCCCAACACCUCAGGGAAAAAGUGUUAAAUCCACAUUGGAGGAUGAAAUCAUUGAGCGUGUUUUCUUCUUGAAAGAAGUGACUCGGGGCGAUCUUCACAAGAGAUUCCUUUGCUUUGCUCAGAACUCCAUCGGGAAUGCAACCAAGUCCAUUCAACUGAAGGAAAAGAAAGGAGCGGUGUUCGUGUACGUCCUGCUGGGCACCGUGCUGACCCUGCUGGCCGUGCUCACGGCGAGUGCUGUCCUCUACACGUACUGGAUUGAAAUAGCGCUGCUGUGGCAAAGCUGCCAGAGCCAGGAUGAGACGCUCGGAGAUGAAAAGGAAUUUGAUGCCUUCGUAUCCUAUGCGAAAUGCAGCUCUUUGGAGGGUGUGGCCUCGCCAUCGCUGAGUGAAGAACUCCUGGCUUUGAAUCUGUUCCCUGAGGUUUUGGAGAACAAGUAUGGGUACACCUUGUGUUUGCUGGACAGAGAUGUGGCUCCGGGAGGAGUGUAUGCAGAAGACAUUGUGAACAUCAUUAAGAAAAGCAGAAGAGGAAUCUUUGUCUUGAGCCCCAACUAUGUCAACGGACCCAGUGUCUUUGAACUGCAGGCAGCAGUAAAUCUUGCCUUGGAUGAUAAAACUCUGAAACUAAUUUUAAUUAAGUUCUGUGCGUUUGAAGAACCGGAAUCUCUACCUCAUCUUGUGAAAAAAGCUCUAAGGGUUUUGCCCACUGUCACGUGGAGAGGCUUAAAAUCUGUGCCUCCCAGUUCCUGGUUCUGGACCCAGAUACGCUACCACAUGCCUGUUAAAAACACAAAAGGAUUCACGUGCAACAAAUUCAAAACUAUGUCAUGA